CAGUUUCUCAACGUGGCCAAUGUAUUCAUGAAGAUUUUCAACUUGAUAUGUAUGAUGCUGCUGAUUGGUCACUGGAGCGGAUGUCUCCAGUUUUUAGUCCCCAUGCUCCAAGGAUACCCUCCUAGUUCCUGGGUUGCCAUUAAUGAACUUCAGGAUGUGUUCUGGUUUGAGCAGUAUUCCUGGGCUUUAUUUAAAGCCAUGUCUCACAUGCUCUGUAUUGGCUAUGGACGUUUCCCGCCUCAAAACCUAACGGAUAUGUGGCUAACUUUGCUGAGUAUGAUUAGUGGCGCCACCUGCUAUGCACUGUUCCUUGGCCAUACUACAAAUUUAAUUCAGACUUUAGAUUCGUCCAGACGUCAGUACAGAGAAAAGGUGAAACAGGUGGAAGAAUACAUGGCCUAUCGUAAGUUGCCUCGAGACCUACGUCAGCGAAUCACAGAAUACUUCGAGCAUCGCUAUCAAGGGAAGUAUUAUGACGAGGACGCUAUUCUUGGAGAAUUAUCAGAAAGACUACGAGAGGACGUAAUCAAUUACAACUGUCGUGAACUCGUGGCAUCUGUCCCGUUUUUCGCUAACGCUGAUCAGAACUUUGUGAACGAUGUGGUGACCAAACUUCACUACGAAGUCUUCCAACCAGGAGACAUCAUUAUCAAAGAAGGAACUCUGGGAAAUAAGAUGUACUUCAUACAAGAAGGGAUUGUCGAUAUUGUCAUGUCUUCUGGCGAGGUGGCUACGAGCCUUUCUGACGGAUCGUACUUUGGAGAAAUAUGUCUGCUAACCAACACUCGACGAGUAGCCAGUGUCCGAGCGGAAACCUAUUGUCACUUGUUCUCCCUGUCGGUGGACCAUUUUAAUGCCGUUCUGGACAUGUUUCCGGUGAUGCGGCGGACCAUGGAAUCCGUUGCUGCCGAAAGACUUAACAAAAUUGGAAAAAAUCCAAACAUUGUCAGUCAGCGGGAGGACCUGCAGAGUGACCUGAAGACCGUCAAUGCUAUCCUUCUUUCUGUGCAGGCUCCGGGAAGCGACGAUUUUGGUCAGGACGAACAGAAGUUUUUUCCAGGAAAGCACGACAGAUCUAUUGCCGCAGCUUUGAAAUGUACCAUUCCGCGGCCCAAGUCCGAGAGUUGCUUUCCCCGAAUUGAUUUUGGACGUGCCGAUCCUCAGCCCAUCCAUCGUUCGGAAACGUUUUACCAACCCCCCAGUAGGCCUAGCACCCCAGUGAAUUUAACCAAAUGCUCAUGAAAGACGUGUUCAAAUCAAUACCGAAAUCGUUUAAAAAUACGUUCCUGUCGCUUCUUAAUAACAUUCGUUUAUUUCUAAAAAAGCAAAUGGGGGGGGGGAUAUACGAUCUCCACCUACGUAGAAAUAAAAAAGAAAGACGGAGAGAAAAAAAACUAGUGGUUAUGAAAACACAGAUCACAAAGUUUCCUUUAGCCUCUCAUAUAUCUCUCUAUGGAAUAUCCGCUAACACAGGCAACAGUGGUAUCUUUCUUGAAACGUAGUUUUGUACGUUAUAUGCUUGAAUAUUAGGCAUAACGUCGUUAGAAUCUGUGAUUACCAUAGAGCUGACUUGUGCUUGAAUAUUAGGCAUAACGUCGUUAGAAUCUGUGAUUAUCAUAGAGCUGACUUGUGCUUGAAUAUUAGGCAUAACGUCGUUAGAAUCUGUGAUUACCAUAGAGCUGACUUGUGCUUGAAUAUUAGGCAUUAGAAUCUGUGAUUAUCAUAGAGCUGACUUAUGCUUGAAUAUUAGGCAUAACGUCGUUAGAAUCUGUGAUUACCAUAGAGCUAAUAGAGUAAUAGAUAGAUUUCUAAGAAAACAUAGCAAGAAAAAAAUAGUCUAACUGACAUAUACCAAUAAAAUAUGCUCAUAUAGAGACAGAAUGUGAUUUGCAAAAAAAAUAACAGCAAAAAACAGGCCUUUUUAGUCAGCUUAUAAAGUACAUUCAAAGUAGUAAAUGCUUGUAUAUGAAUGUCGCGCUAGAUAGGGAAUUAGAGACGAUAUUCAAGAUAAGUGUUCGUCUGUGUAGAAAAUAGUCAAACGCGUUUAUAAAGUGUUCAAAGUCAAGCUAGUAUUUUUUUCCUGUUCUUCUACCCGCGCACUUCACAUUCUAUGCAGCCUUUACGAUAUAACCAUAUAUAUAUAUGUAUCUGAAAAGCUAACUAGUGAUGUUAAAGUUGUAUUAUAAUCCCGCUAGGUUCAAUGUGAAGGUUAGGGUAGAAUAUAUUGAUAAAAUUAUUUUAGUAGUCCUUGCUAAACGUUGUUGUCAAAUGAAUAGAUAUCAUUUAAGAUUAAAUAUAGAUUUAUAUAGAAACUUAAAACAUGGCUGUAGGAUAUGUAGAGGUUUCUCCACUAGGGCAGAAAGUUUUCUAUGUGGUUCUGGACGUUGCUUAGGUUGGUGGUCAAGCAGAAAUGUCAUGUGACGUAAUGAUGGAUGUGUCGAAAUGGUAUCGAUCCAUCUUUGACGAAUUCUAAAGUAAAAUCAAUAGUAGUGUAAUGAAUUUAUUGUAAAAUAAAAUUAACAUAGGAUAAAAAUAACUGUAGAUUAGUUAACUAAAAUAAAAUGGA